AUGAACUUUUGCCCCUUUCCUCAUAGUCUGAGGGACCAGGCCUGGCUGGCCGUGGGCCUCGGCUGUGGAGUGCUCCUCAUGCGAAAGCUUCGGAUGAAGGAGGCGCCUGGGCGAGCUCUGAAGAGCUCUGAACAGCUGAAGGGAGUCGAGACGGGAGGCAUUGGCUGGGAAGUCCCUUUCAAAGAUGGAACGAUGGAUUUGGAGGACGUUUUGCUACCAGAAGGGUCCAUUAAAGAUGUGCGCGUUUGCAACUGCGCAGUGGUAUUUGGUCGGGUCACUCGCAUGUAUAAGGGUGGUGAAUGGUGGUUCAACAAGGGUUUUGAGUCGGUGGAUCACAAGAAGAAGUUCAAGCAGAUUUGGUCCAACAUCGCCAACAAGGUGAAGGAAGUAGAGCCCAACUGCCUGUUCGAGAGCCCAGAAAAGCCGCAGUUGAACACAUCACCUGCCAUUUCAUGGGUGUCAUACCUGAGGUCUCCAACUAGAUCACAUGCCGAAGCCUGGCACAAAAGCCCUAGGUUAAGACGGUUUAACCCUACAAGUCCAGGUAGGCCGUGUUGGUCUACCUGGUUUGACUGA